ACCAACACAAGGAACUGAGAAAGAAAACUCUUGUUCUCUCACUUGUAUCUCUCCAAGCUUCCACUCCUUUCGCAAAAGACUACUAAAACGCCGUCGUAGAGGACCCAACACUGCCGCGUCCACCUCACCGUCGCUUUCUCCAUCUCUUCCCUCCUGUUUACCAAGAUGGCUGGAGUAUUAGGAUAUAGUGGCCUGGCGCCUAAGACAAAGAACUUCAUAGUUGCCGGGGGUUUGACAACUUUUGUUUUUGGGGCAUACUUCUACACCAUGAGAGCAGUUGGAGGUACUGAUGAACUGCAAGUAGCAAUAGAUAAGUUUGAAGCCGACAAGAGCACCAAAGAAGGUGAAUCAAGCAUUCCAUCAAAGGCCUAGAGCUAGUUGCUUCCAGUACAAAAAUAAUACUUUGGUUGUACGCAAUGUUUUGGUCUGGAAAUAGUUAAAGUGUGAUUUUGAAUCUUGUAUUUAAUAAAGUUUAGGAUAAAACUUACAAACUGUACCUUAAGGCUUAAGUACUUACUGUUCCUGCUAUUGUCCAAUUGAAACAUGAUAACAGUUGGAUUAAGUAUUUCACGUGAGACUCAGUAUCUCCUAUUAGAUGAUAGCUAGUUAACGACGUUAACCAA